AUGAUUAUACCCAAAGUCCCUCUCAAAUAUUCUGGCGAUCUACUUGCUAUCAUUGGGUUUGGAUCAGGAAGUAAAUGGAGGAAUAGGAAAGCUACAGCAAAUGGAAAAGACCAUUUCUCCCGGAGCUAGGUGAACAAAUCACCAAUGCAAUCAAAAAAGGGUUCACUCAUAUCGAUACGGCUGAGGGCUAUGCUACACACCGUGAAGUGGGUGCUGGGAUUGCGGCUUCAAAAUUUCCCCGAGAGAAACUCUGGAUAACAGAUAAGUAUUCACCUUGGUUAUGGGAUCGCAAGAGAGGGGCGGGCCCAAUUGCGUCGCUCACUCAAUCUUUAAAAAAUAUGAAAUUGAACUACGUCGAUCUAUAUCUUCUCCAUGUAUCAGAUAUAACGUAUCAUAAUGCCGGCAUUGACAUGAAAGAAGCUUGGAGGCAAAUGGAAGUGUUAAAAGAGCGGCAACUUGCAAGGAAUAUCGGGGUUUCAAAUUUUGACAUCCGAUAUUUGGAGUUCAUCAGAAAAAAUGUCCAGCAAGAGCCAGUUUUAAACCAAAUUGAGUUCAAUGCCUAUCUUCAGCAGCAGUCGCCUGGAAUACUACAAUACUGCAAGAAUAAUGGCAUUGUCAUCGAAGGAUACUCACCUUUGACCCCUAUUACAAAGGUGGAAUCUGGUCCAUUAGAUCCACUGCUAAAAAUGCUGGCGCAGAAAUAUCAAAAAACUGAAUCUCAAAUUCUUUUGAGAUGGGUAAUGCAAAACAACAUGGUAUUUCUGACGACGUCCGCAAAAGAUAGUCGGCUAAAGGAUUCACUCGAUAUACUGAAUUUUGAACUAUCCCCCCUGACUUCGAAGAAAUUACACAAGUUGGCCGUCCAAAAAAAUUCCGGGCCUUCUUAA